UAGGAUAGAAUGUUAGUUAUCCAAUGUUUGAAACUCAUUUAACUGAGUGUAUGUGUACACAUUAGAUAAUUGUACGCUUUUUCAAUUAGUUGAAUGUCUAUUAAACGGAUAGAGAUAAACAGUUGCCUCGAUGGUCUCGACGAGAGUGGAAGAUUUAAUGAAAUGAGCCUUUAGACCAUAUGAGGAGUCAAUAAUAACAAUCCAUAUCACUGGGAUGGUGCAUUAUGCUUCCAAAUGGAUAGCAAUAUCAUUCACUCUAAGGUGGUUUACCCUGUUUCUUAUCCUAUCUACUGCCAAUGCCUUCUACGGUGACAGAACUAAUAGCUCUUCAUCUCGUUUCUUAUCGCACAACCUGGUUAACGUAUCUCGAUUCAACGAAUCAAAGGCCAAGCCUAUCACAAAAAUGGAUUCUACCAUGGCUGUCGGUCAAAGUCGUUUGCCAUUGAAAAGAGAUUCAUUCUUGUACGCAUCUAGAUACAAGAAUAUUGAUCCAUCCAUCAUAUCACCUGCAGAAAAACGGAAAAUUAGAGAUAUGAUCAUGGAAGGCGGACAUGUGAAGCUCAUAGAACAGGUGCUAAAAAAUGUAAAUUUAGAUAGACUUUACAAAAAACCGGCAAAAUCUCGUGUAGUACCAACAUCUACAGCAUACCGACCGAUUCUUAGGGAUACACGGAUCGAAGACGAUGUUAAGGACGAUGCUGUAGAUCCAUUUUCAGGGGAGCGUGACGUUGAAGAACCAACGCAUAUUAAUAAAAUCAGAGCUUCUACUUUUGUUAUACACAGAGGUGAUGUCCAUCUGGUGCUUUCAUCGCAACACAUAUCACAAGCUCGUUCUAGAGGUCAUUAUAAGGUGAAGAUGCGAAACUUAAUGAAUAACAAAGAGAUUGUGCAUUCCUUUUCUGACGGUAGCAAGUUAAGCGUUGUCGCUCCAAACAAGAUAUCAGCCACCUACCAAGGAACAGAAGAUAGAUCAGGUGAUUUUAUAUUUCAAUGUGAAAAGGGUGAAAUGCAUCUACCUAAGAGUUCGCAGUUACAGGCAAUUAAGUAUCUUAAACCCGAACUUAAGGUGACCAUAUCAACAUGGAAAGGACAAAUAAUUGGAAUAUUUGUUCCACAUCAAAUCCAAUACAAGGUCAUACGUAUAAACGUCGGUAACUAUGCAGCUACAUUAGAGAAUGGCUUGGUCAUAUUGGUUCCAACUUACGUUAAACCUGGAGAUUAUAUUGAUGUUAAUACCUCAAAGGGUGAAUUUCUGAGGAGGUCAGUGAUUGGCUAAUGCGGCGCACUUAUUCACAUUCUUUCCGACAGCACAGUGUAAUACAGUAGCAUCGCAUAGAAUCCUCAAUUGAUAAAUCGUCU